UAGUUGCCGGCGCGUGCGCAGGUGUAGAAACCGCUUUAUUAUAUAUCAUACCGCUUUACUAGACUGACGCGUUACGCAAAGUAUUGUUUUUAGUAGUCAUUGAGCAAUAGUUGUUGUCUGUGUGUGGUUUCUGUGUUGUAAAUAAAAAAAAUACGUGAUUUUUUUUGUUGUUAUUGAGUCGCACUAACUAAGAAGAAUCUCCCACUAGUCGUCAGCUGACCGCGUCUAGACACAGUCCGUACAAUGGCGAGCAUAGAUAAAUACCUGAAUAUUAAAUACAAACUGAAGUCUUCUGAGCAAUUUGAAGAAUAUCUGAAGUUUAUUGGAGUCGGCAUGAUCUCCCGUAAAGCCGCCUGCGCAGUCAGCCCCGUAGCAGUGCUGACUAAGGAUGGCGAUACCUACACCUUCACGAUGACCACCUCCUUUAAAACUAUUACCUUCAGCUUCAAGUUGAACGAGGAGUUCGUUGAGGAGAGAGCUGAUGGUGUUAAGACCAAAUCCUUGAUGGUGGUUGAAGAUGACACGUUGAUACAAACACAGUCGGAGGACAACGGGAGGAAAUCCACGCAUGUGCGGACUUUCACACCGGAGCUACUGACAGUUGUAUCUACAGCAGACGGUUGGGAUGGCAAGUGUGUCCGAAUAUACGAAGUAGUCAAAGAUUAAAUAAAAUUAAUAAAUGUAUAAUUAAUUUAUUGUUAUUUAUGUUACACGGGUGGUCGUUAGAGAAA